CUCCUCGACCCCUUCACGCGCUCCCAUCAUAUUCAUUAUUUAUCGUAAUUAGCCUCGCCGAGAGAAUCGACAAGUUAUAGCUCGAGGGGUCCCCCUGUAGCAGCGUUACAUUGCAACUUUUUCUCUUGCGACACGAGAAAAAGAGGAUAUCAUUUUGUUCUCUUUUACAAAUACGUUCAAUCUGAUGACGCUUACACUUGGUGUCGCGGGUGCUGUGUGCCACAUCGCAUAACCUCCACCAAGUGGUGCGCGACAGCAAUUUUUUAAAUCGUAUUCUUUGCUCUCCUGUGUAGAUAUUCCUAGUUUUGCAAAGCAUCCAACAAUGGCAGGUUGCUACGACAAGCUGUCCUGGACAGAAGUGCGGGAUUUACUGAGAACUUGGAGAGAAGAUUCCGAGCGACGAAGUAAAGAUGUAGUAGACUUUUGGGAAAAUACAUUGAUGGGAAAGGUCGAUGGUUUGGGCAAUGAAAAGUAUUUGGUUCUGGAACAAGUGUGUGUCGCCGCAUUGGAUUGUUAUCGAUUACCAUUAGCUGAAUACUGCAUAAAAAUUUUAAUGCGCGCCUUCCCUGGCAGUUUACGCGUUCACAAGUACCACGCUAUGCAUUUAGAAGCUUUAGAAAUGUACGAUGAGGCAAUGGAAGUUUUGGAUUCUAUUAUAAAGAGAGAUGAGACCAAUGCCGCACCGAGGAAACGUCGCGUCGCUAUUUUGAAAGCUCAGGGACGUACACCAGAAGCAAUCAAGGAGCUUACAGAAUAUCUGAAAAGAUUUAUGAGCGAUCAAGAAGCAUGGCAUGAGCUGUGUGACCUAUAUUUGCAAGAACAGGAAUAUUCCAAAGCAGCUUAUUGCAUGGAAGAACUUAUAUUACAUAAUCCACACAGUCAUUUAAUUUACCAAAGAUAUGCAGAAAUAAAAUAUUCUCAGGGUGGAUUUGAUAACAUGGAACUAGCAAAAGCCUAUUUCUGCCAAGCUGCAAAAUUAAAUCCAAAUAAUAUUAGAGCUCUAUAUGGCUUGUUAUUAACAACAAAUAACAUUGCGACAUCGGCUAAAUGCCCUUCAUCUAAGAAGAAGGAAGCAUUGAAAUUGAGUGAAUGGGCUAGUAAAGAAAUUGAAAAACAAUAUGAAAGUAAAGUUUCAAACAGGGACCUGAAAAACGUAGAACGUUUACUAGGACACUUGCAACUUGAAGCUUAGAUUUCCGAAGAACAUACCGAACGUGAAAAACUUUAAAUACGUUUUUUAACUCUGUGUAGUUAAAAAAGUAAGAAAAUGAGCAGUAUUUUUUUCUUAUUGUAAUCUUCAUUCUGUAACAUAUGUACAUCACGCUCUAGAUAAUUUUGUCUUGUUCCAGAUAUUUUUGCCAAUGUCCAUGUACAAUUGUAUAUGUUGAUAUAUUAGUUAAUUAAUCUAUUAGUACCGUUGUCUAAUUUAAGUGCACGAUACGUAAUUACUUUCUGAAUACAUUCGUAUUUCCGUACCCUACUGUAUACAUAUGUAUAUUAUGUUAUUAAGUAAAUGUUGUCACUCCUUCGACUCCCUGUAACUGAUUCAGUAUCAAUUAUCUCAUUGUUAAUCAAGUCGGUUAUGUCUUACAUAUUAAUGCAAUAAAAACAGCAUGGAUGGAUAUAGGAUA